AUGCGUCUCGUAACAACCCUCUCCUUCCUCCUCAGCCUCCUCACCGUCGGCACCACCGUCGUUGCCGAAAAGUGUGCCUGCAACGGCGGCACCGACCACUCCAAGACGGCCUGCGACCGCAUCGGCGCCAAGUACGGCGUCUACGGCUGCGGCUUCACGGGCUGCUGCGUGAAUCCCGGCACGCAGCACAACAAGUUUGUGCAGGCGUGCAAGGAUUUGGGGUAUGGGUUUAAGAGGUGUGAUGAUUGCAGUACUUGUUAG